AUGAAUACAAGCAACAGUAGCAGCAGCGGCAGCAAUGCAUUUUUCAGAGGUGAAGGAUGCAGCAAGUAUGUGAUACCAGGUGAUCGGCUCUUUCCUAUUAGUGAACAGUUGAAGGCAGGUAUCGGUACCUACGAAUUGUUCGGACAUAUUUAUGCAUCACUAGCUGGUACCAUGCAUAUGUAUACAACUGUCGAGCGUGACAAAGAAACAAAAAUAGUGGAAGUGCGACGAGAAUCGGAAAAAGAGAAACGACAUGUCAUGCCAUACGUGGGGUGUAUUGUAACUGCAAAGGUGCAAAAUAUUGGUCAGAGGUUUGCCAAGUGUACGAUACACUGCGUGGAGUGUUCUGUUUUAUCUCACGAAUUUAAUGGAGUAUUGAGGAAAGAAGAUAUAAUGCCUAUCGAGAAAGAAAAAGUAAAACUAGAGCAAUGUAUACAUCCCGGUGAUGUCAUCCUGGCACGUGUUAUUGGCUUCGGUGAUAAUCAGCAUUCAUAUUUACUCAGUACCGUAGAAGAUGAAUUGGGUGUUGUGAGCGGUAUUGGUGAUUUGGGUGAACGAAUGAUACCAUGUUCUUUUGGUGAAAUAAAAUCAGUUAUAUCAGGUACACGUGAACCUCGAAAAGUUGCGCAUAUACCUGAUCUGAAUCAUUGA